AUCACAAGUUCACAGAUCACCGAGACAUUUCUUCAGCUUCAUUUGCUUGCACUCUACCCUAGACUCGCAACCUUUCAACUAAGAAGUACAACAACUCCAAACUCACUAUGGGUUUAAUCGGCAGAAUCAUCUCACAAAGGCUCGGGCCUCUCAUGGGAGAUACCGACCAAGGACAACAAAAUGCCCGCCACCAAGAUCCUUACUACCAUGAUCCGUACCACAACGGCGCUCACCAGAACUUCCAUCACAACCCGCCCCACCACUGCCAUCAACCGCAGGUCAUUAAUGGGGGGUACCACUACGCAACUCCCCAGCUCUCAUCAAAGCGUCAGCACCGUACUGAGCGCCGAAUCGAGCGCCAUUACCGCCGCGCCGAGCGAAGCAUGCAACGGGCCGACCAUAAGGUAGACCGGGACCUUCGGAAAGCAGAGCGACGAGGUCACAUUGUAUCCAUGCCGGUGCCCGUUGGGCCAUCAAUGCCAGGGGCUCCUGCGAGUGGUCAAAGGUUUUCGGGAGAGCCGAAUGGUUAUGAGAUGAGGGAUAUGAGAUCUCAACAGCGACGAGAGGCGUUUACACCGGAGUUAGAGAGUCCACAUGUGUAUGCAUCAGAGUUGGACAGUCGGGAGGCGGGACCCGCCAGCCGCGAUCCUCGUCACCAGUUUGAGGGUGCACCACCGCCCGCUUACGAGGAAGUUGUGAACAAGUCGUGAGCGGUUUAGCUGGGAUUGAUUCUGAUGGGAGUUUGGAGUACCUGGGAUAGACGAGCCAUGAGUCGAUAGUACCAAAUAAUCAAAAGUUUCAUAUUCUGUCAAGCGAUUGUUGAGAA